GACAGAAUUGUGACAAAUGUGACAGACAUUGGUGACAGAAAUUGCAGAAGGCAAUCAGCAUGGAUGAUGAAGAUCGUUUCCAUGUGAACAAGCCAAGCUAUGCGCCAAAUAAGUCAUUCUGCUAGUGAGAUUCCGGGAGGACGGACGAGCCACUACAUAACAACGCUGCAUUCGUAAAGGGAGCCCCAUUGUGGCCGGUCUUAUCACGCAGCGCUGAAGACUGACCGCGUUACGGCGACACCGCUGAAGCAAAAGCGGAACGUGACUCUUCUCAAGCAGCUCCGUAAGAAAAUAUCCACUGAUCCGAGACGCUCGUCGCGGGCUCCAGCCGGCGGAUCGCCCGACACAGCCCGAAAGUGACCUGGUCGCUCUCACUGCACUGAAGGCUGCCGUGGACACAGGACUUCAGCAUGCUGAUCGCGCUUCUCGUCUGUAUGCUGGCGCUGGUAGCUUUCGUGGUCAUACGCAGAGGCAAAGAGAAAAACCACCCGCCAGGUCCUGGUGGGCUGCCAUUUAUCGGCCAAGUGUUUUCAAUCAACUGGAAGCACCAGGAUUUCGCCUUCAUGAAAUGGUACAAGCAGUACGGGCCCAUCUACAAGGUCCGCGCGGGCCCAGAGACCAUUGUUGUUCUAUCCGACCCCGAGUUGAUCAGGGAGGCCUUUAACAAGCCCGCGACCCAGGGCCGGCAGAGCAACGCAGCGUUCACGCUGCUUUAUGCCGACAAGGGCAUCAUCUUCACCAGUGGGGAACUGUGGCAUCAGACACGUCGCUUUACCUUGUUCCAUCUGAGGAAUUUCGGCAUGGGCAAGUCUAGACUGGAGGCUGUUAUCCAUGAGCAGAUCGAUGGCUUCAUGAAUGUCGUUCUGGCCCCCAGCGAGGGACGGGCGUUGUCGCUCAACAGGGCCCUGGACAUCUCUGUCGCUAACAUUAUCUGGGGCAUCGUAGCCGGGGAGAGCCUUGGCAUUGAAGACGAAAGGAUUCUGGAGGUCAUGGACAACGUUAGAAAGCUCAACGAGGUCGGCUUCCGCAUUCUUCUCCUCGGAACGAUUCCCGCUCUCUUGAACCUGCCAGACCGCCUGACGGGACUCAACGAAGUGCUCAAGUGCUUCCACUACCCGAUCAACAACCUUCUCCAACCAGCCAUCAACCUGCACAAAAAAUCUGUGGAUCUUGGCGGCGAACCGCGCGACUACAUCGACUGCUUCUUACAAGAACAGAGCAAGCACCCAACCCUUUACACCGAGCGCCACUUGUUACGCAGCCUCAUCGACUUGUUCUUCGCCGGUUUCGACACGACCUCCACGACGCUCCGCUGGGCCUUCUGCUUCCUUUGCGCGCGGCCUGACGUGCAGGAGCGCCUGGCGGCCGAGCUUCACCAGGUGGUGGGCAGGGAGCGCGCGCCCACGCUCGCCGACCGGCCGCACCUGCCGUUCACCGAGGCCGUGCUGAUGGAGACGCAGCGGCUGGCCAACAUCGCACCCAUUGGCGUACCGCACGUGAGCACGGCCGAGUUCCAGCUGGGUGGCUACACCGUGCCGCGUGGUGCGCAGGUGAUCUCGCUGCUCACGGCUGUCCACCAUAACGAGGCGUACUUUCCGGAGCCGGCGCGGUUUCUACCGGAGCGCUUCCUGGAUGCCGAAGGGAAGGUGAAACCGAACAAGGCGCUCAUGCCUUUCUCCGUGGGCAAGCGAUCCUGCAUGGGCGAGGCGAUGGCGCGCGCCGAGCUUUUCCUCUUCGUCACAACCGUCGUGCAAAAGUUCCGCCUGCGCUUCCCCGACGGCUUUACACACGACUUCUCCAUCAAUGAGGAGAGGGCAUUUGUCAAUGAGCCGUUGCCAUACUCUCUCAUUCCAGAGAGGCGUUAGGUUGGUGUACCGGUCGUCUGGUGGAGGGUCGCUUCUGGCUAGCCGCCUUUUGGUGCAGACCACUGACAUUGCAUAACUUUAAACGUGUCAUUUUGUCAGCGGCUCGGCACUUGGGUUGGGUAGGUUAAUUGGGAUCGAUCAUCCCGCUGAGGACCUGCAAUUCAUGCGGGGAUGGUUGCCCGCCAUAGUUUCCAUAGGGGAACACAUUGUUUCCCGCGAUCAGGUUCGUGGUGGGCCUAGAUUGUGUCAAUGUAUUCACGUUUUCCAAGCUACUGCACAUCAAGUAGGUCGCAUGAUGGGUCAGAGGCCGUGCUAUGAUCCAGAUCUAACAAGUAGGCUGUGCUUUGCUUAUUGCUGAGCCUCUCCAGGCUGACCUAAUCAUGAUCCAGGUCAGAACAGCUGCCCCUCAGCGCACCGUAUGUACAAGGUUGUCCAGAAGAUCGGUCCCUCGUCUUCGCCAGACUGCGUGCUAUUUUAAUUUCCGACGCCGUCGAUGUUUGUUGUUGCCAGCUUACACCUGUGUCGAGGUUUGUUGUUGCCAGCUUACACCUGUGUCGAGGUUUGUUGUUGCCAGUUUACACCUGUGUCGAGGUUUGUUGUUGCCAGCUAACACCUGUGUCGAGAUUGUGGUUGCCAGCUUACACCUGUGUCGAGGUUUGUUGUUGCCAGCUUACACCUGUGUCGAGGUUUGUUGUUGCCAGCUUACACCUGUGCUAUAAUGUAUACUUUCUAGAUACAUUUGCUGGUACAAAAGAUACACGGACAGCGUCAAAGAUAUUGGACCAACUUCAGCCCUUGUACAUCAUGUUUUUGAAUUGCAUGAACUUAAUUUUUAAUAUCAGCGUGCAAUUUUUGUCGCAAGGUUCCACGUUUUGCGGUCACGUAAAUGUUUAGCUGUAAGUUUCGUCGGACGGAAUAGGCAGUUUGCAUAUUUUUCCCGUGUAUAUUAUGCGUAGUUAUCGUAAUCUAUAUACAGUGGAGAAGAAGUAGUAGUGGAGGUAGUACAAGUAGAAGUAGCACUAGUAGAAGAUAAGCAUAUAUAUAUAUAUAUAUAUAUAUAUGUAUAUAUGUCUACGUAAUUGUUCUAACGGAUAUACAGUGUGUCAGGGGCAGUAGUAGUAGUAGUAGCAGUAGUAGUAGGCAUACCAUAUAUGUAUGUAACAUGCGUGUGCAUCUGCUUAUAAAAGUCUAGUGAGUCCAGCAUUUCUAGACGAAUAAAUUGGAGCUAAGGAAACUUGCCUUUUCUUCGAGGCUGUUUGUCAAUGUUUUUGCCGGGAUGAACUAUUGCUAAUGUGUAAAUCUGCGAGCAUAAUACGCAAGCGGCGGCAUAUCCAAUUUGUGCAUGGUAAA